AAAUGAGUUGCCAGACGAAGAUGCUGAUGACGUUAUGAGAGAGUAUGAAGAGGAAGAACGAGACAGACAAAACGACAUAAAAGAACGCGACGCCUUUGUUCAACGUCUUUUGAGUCGGGAUGGUGAAUCGACCAAAAAGGUUGUCCGUGGCUCCCGCUUGGAAGAAGAUCUUAAACGUUUGGAACGCGGCGAAGUGACCAGGGAGGAACUUCUUGUAGAACUUAAGAAGAAAUCUCGCUGGGAGUACCUGAAAAAGCGGCAGUUAGAUAAACUACAGGACUUAGAAGCAGAAAUUCGUGACGAGGAAACCUUCUUCGGGGAGGAAGAGCUUACUGAACGAGAGCGAACCGAGCUUAAAUACAAGCGUACAAUCCUUGAGGCUGCAAACGCUCACAAAGUUGUCACAGCUGAACAAAACGCUCAGCAUUAUUUCAUUCCAACGGAGAAUAAGCGUCCUGAUGACACAUAUUAUGAGACUGAAGUUGAAAAAGGCCCCCACGGCGAAAAUCGAAGAUGGGAACAAGAGCACCUAAGUUCAGCGUUAUUCAAAAUUGGGGCCAAAGAUAGCAAAGCUAAGGAAAAAUAUGAACUUAUUUUGGAUGAUGAGAUAGAAUUCAUGAAAGCCUUGACCCAACCUGGUUCAAAUGUAAGUCUUGAACCAGAAUUGACACCUGAGGAGCAGCUGCGCAGGCGUUCGGAGGAACAAAAAAAGAGCCUUCAGGAAACUCGAAAAUCUCUUCCAAUAUAUAACUUUCGAAGAGCUCUACUGGAUGCAAUCAAGGACCAUCAAGUCCUUAUAAUUGAAGGCGAAACAGGCUCUGGCAAGACCACUCAAAUACCGCAAUAUUUGUAUGAAGCUGGUUACUGCAAAGCCGGAAAGCGGAUUGGUUGCACCCAGCCUCGGCGAGUUGCAGCAAUGUCGGUGGCGGCACGAGUGGCGCAGGAAAUGUCGGUGAAGUUGGGUUUUGAGGUGGGAUACACGGUUCGCUUUGAGGACUGCACUUCAGAUCGAACAAUAUUGAAGUACAUGACCGACGGCAUGCUACUGCGCGAGUUCCUUAGCGAGCCCGAUCUCGCCUCAUAUUCAGUCAUGAUGAUUGACGAGGCACAUGAACGUACUCUCCAUACCGAUGUUCUCUUUGGCCUCGUAAAAGUGAAUCUUCUUCACUUAGUUCUUUCAAUGCUCCAUCGGCUUAUCUUCCUUACUAAUGGCAUUCAUUUCCAC